AUGGGAAUCUCAACCCAUCUUUUCAACCUCUUGCUUUUCAUUCUACUAACUUCUCAUUCAUCUUUUGCCGAAAUUUUUUUCGAAGAAAAGUUCCAAGAUGGGUGGAAAAGUCGUUGGGUGUUGUCUGAUUGGAAAAGGAGUGAAGGAAAAGCAGGUACCUUUAAGUAUACUGCUGGAAAAUGGCCUGGAGAUCCUGAUGACAAAGGUAUUCAGACAUAUAAUGAUGCCAAGCAUUUUUCCAUAUCUGCAAAGAUACCAGAGUUGACCAAUAAGAACAGAACCCUGGUGCUUCAGUAUUCUAUUAAGUUUGAGCAGGAUAUUGAAUGUGGUGGUGGUUAUAUCAAACUUCUUUCUGGUUAUGUUAAUCAGAAGAAGUUUGGCGGUGAUACUCCUUAUAGUUUGAUGUUUGGACCGGAUCUAUGUGGCACACAGACAAAGAAGCUCCAUGUUAUAUUGUCAUAUCAGGGGCAGAAUUAUCCCAUUAGAAAGGAUCUGGAGUGUGCAACAGACAAAUUAACUCAUUUCUAUACGUUCAUUCUAAGGCCUGAUGCCUCUUAUAGUGUCCUUGUUGAUAAUCGAGAAAGAGAUUCUGGAAGCAUGUACACGGAUUGGGACAUUCUCCCUCCAAGGAAAAUCAAAGAUGUCAAGGCAAAAAAGCCAGCAGAUUGGGAUGAUAGAGAGUACAUUGAGGACCCUAAUGAUGUCAAACCAGAGGGAUAUAAUUCAAUUCCAGCUGAAAUCCCCGAUCCAAAAGCCAAGAAGCCUGUUGAUUGGGAUGAUGAAGAUGAUGGACUAUGGAAAGCCCCAAAAAUUCCUAAUCCAGCAUAUAAAGGACCGUGGAAACGGAAGAAAAUCAAGAACCCCAACUACAAAGGGAAGUGGAAGACUCCAUGGAUUGAUAACCUAGAAUUUGAGGAUGAUCCUGAUCUUUAUGUGCUGAAACCAAUCAAGUAUGUUGGCAUUGAAGUGUGGCAGGUGAAGGCCGGUUCGAUUUAUGACAACAUCUUAAUUUGUGACGACCCACAGUAUGCAAAGCAAGCCGUGGAAAAUUUUAUGAUUAAUAAUAGAGAGGCCGAAAAAGAAGCUUUUGAAGAAGCGGAGAAAGAAAGAAGGGCUCGGGAAGAAGAGGAGGCACAAAGGGCAAAAGAAGAGAGCGAAAAGAGGAGGAGAGAGAGGGGCAGUAGACACAGAGAUAAGAGGCGUCCUAGAAGGCCGGAUCCCCACGAAUACAUGGACGAUUAUGAACAUGAUGAACUUUGA